AUGGAAGUCGAAUUAGCAGAAAUUCCAAGUGAUAACGAGUCAGUUGAUGGAUUGUGCAGCUCCGAUGAUGAUCUUGAAGAGAAUGACCUUACUAAUAGUAAGGAACGUAGAAGAAAUACUGUUGACAACAAUGAUGUUGAUGACGAGAAUGAUUUUGAUGAAGAUGACGAUUAUUUAUUAGAAGUAAGAGAAAAAUGGAAAAGAGUAAGUAAACCGAGAGCUGAUCUACCGUUUACGAAAGAUUGUGGGCCAAAUAUUCCGGAUGCGGUAUGUUCUCCAAUCGAGAUAUUUUUUUGCUUAUUUCCCGAAUCACUUAUUAAUCUCCUAGUUGAACAAACUAAUAUUUACCUGUUGCAAAAAAGAGGUAAGCAAAAAGAAGUAAAUCAAACCGAACUACUAACUUUUUUAGGAAUUAACAUUUUAAUGGGAAUUAAAAGACCUAAAUCAUAUCGCGAUUGCUGGUCGAUGAAUCCUCAAUUGCAUGAUCAUUAUAUAAGUGAAUUAAUGACAGUAAAUCAGUUUGGAUUUUUUCUUAGCCAUUUGCAUUUAAGCGACAACACAAAGGAACCUACAAGAGGAAGUCCAGAAUAUGAUAAACUUUAUAAGAUACGUCCUUUGGUGACAACGUUGAAUGAGACAUUCAAGAAAUAUUACUUACCGAAAAAAAACCAGGCUGUUGACGAAUCAAUGAUUAAGUUCAAGGGAAGAAGCAGUAUGAAGCAAUACAUGCCAGCGAAACCGGUAAAACGAGGUUAUAAGUGUUGGGUACGUGCAGAUGAAUCUAGUUAUGUUUGUGAUUUUCAAAUUUAUACGGGUAAAACUGCAAGUACAGAAAAAUUAUUAGGUCCACGAGUCGUGAAAGACCUUACACGAGAACUUGUCAACGGUAAUCACCACGUAUAUUUUGACAACUAUUUCACUUCUGUUUGUCUCAUGGUUUCGCUAAAAAGUGAAAGGAUUUUUGCCUGUGGUACUGUGCAAAAAAAUCGAAAGCGAUUGCCAAAAAAUCAGUUGUUAGAUAAAAAUAUGAAAAUAGGAGACAGCGAAUUUCAAACAUCUAACACCGGAAUUAGAUGGGUGAAAUGGAUUGAUAAGAAGCCUGUACAUUUUCUCUCGAAUUAUCACAAUCCUCAAGAUCUAACAACUGUUACUCGAAGGCAAAAAGAUGGAUCUCUCAAAGAAGUUAGUUCUCCGGUUAUGUGCUCCGAUUAUAAUAAGCAUAUGGGUUACGUAGAUAAUUCAGACCGUUUAGUACCUGCGUACCAAAUUGACAGAAAAUCUAAGAGAUGGUGGCUACGACUGUUCUGGCAUUUUUUGGAUCUUUCUGUAACAAAUGCUUUUAUUAUAUACAAAGAGAAGAACUUUCAGCCCAGUUUAACUUUAAAAAAAUUUAGGUUGGACAUUGUCGACAAACUUGUUGCAAAAAACUUACCUUCUACAAAAGGUAGAAAACGGAAAGUAGAAGUUGUAGGUCCACAGAAGCCUCAAAUUUCUCUUGAAAAAAGAAGAUCAGAGUCCGCUCAUAUGCCUUUUUACAAUCCAAAAGGGCACUACAAGCGUUGCGUAUUGUGCAGUACAAAAAAAGAUGAAAGAAGGACGUUAUGGAGUUGUUCUAUUUGCAAAGUGAAUUUAUGUCUACUUCCUACAAGAAAUUGUUUCGCUGAUUAUCACAAAUAA